GCCUCCCCAACCCUGAGAAAAUUAUGAACACUAGACUACCCUGUAUUCUAUAUCCAUAGUUCAUAUUUUACCACGAGUAAUAUAAUUAGAAAAGUAUCAACCCCCUCAUCUAGCUACCUAGUUGCUGCAUUCCCACCAUUGAAGCUUUGAUAUAGAGAUUGUUUUUUUUUUGCACCUUUGGGUAAUUAAGGGUUCUUUAACCAUCCAAGAUGGAUAUUGAAAGCAAUCGUAUCCUUAAUGUUAACCAGAAUUCAAGGGGUUCUAAAUCCGUCAAUGAGGAAAAGAAGUCCAUGAGUGAGUUUUCAAAUCCUCUCUUCGUGAACCAUGCUGAGUUAGCUUGGCAUGAGAUAAGAAGAGCCUGGGUUGGUGAUAAACCUCAAACAUCACAUAGCAAAUUUAGACAGCCAAUUCUAAGUUGGACCACAAGUUUUGAAGAUUUUCUCGCAUCCGGUGAACCAUUCCCCGACCCAAUUCAGUUAGCUGAUGUCGUUGACCUUUUAGUUGACAUUUGGGACGAAGAAGGUUCCUAGGUCAUAUAUUUUGACCCCAAGAGCAUUACAUUAUUAAGAGAACUGUCAUUCUUUAGUUGAAACAACAUAUUUAAACAAUAUCUAUAAGUGUCGUGGAAACAUUGUAAAGUAUAUGUAAUCUGAUUAUAUAUGUAGUGCAUGAGAAGAACAGCAAAUACAAUAUCCGUAAUGUUAUUAAAUUAUUGAGGUGGUAGAACAAUUUGUGGGAAAAGACUUGUUGGCAAUAUCAUGCUUUAGCAACUUUUAAAGGUG